UCUGCGUCCCAGGCUGAUCUCUCCCCUCCCGUGGUCCCCUCCCACUGUCCCCUCCCUCUGACGGCUGCAGCCCGUGCCACAGCCAGGCGCUUCCCCCAACCUCUCCUCGCGGAGCCCGCCUCCCGCCCUCCCUGCUCCCUCCCCUCCCCGCCACUGCAGCAUUCGCCUACUGCAGCUCCAGCCGCCGCCCGCGCCUCUCCAGCCUCCGCCACCCCGCCACCGCCAGCACCAUGGCCAGCACUUUGUCCGCCUACAAGGAGAAGAUGAAGGAGCUGUCGGUGCUGUCGCUCAUCUGCUCCUGCUUCUACUCACAGCCGCACCCCAACACCAUCUACCAGUAUGGGGACAUGGAGGUGAAGCAGCUGGACAAGAGGGCCUCUGGCCAGAGCUUUGAGGUCAUCCUCAAGUCCCCUUCUGACCUGUCCCCAGAGAGCCCUGUGCUCUCCUCCCCCCCCAAGAGGAAGGACACCUCCCUGGAGGAGCUGCAGAAGCGGCUGGAGGCAGCUGAGGAGCGGAGGAAGGUAAGGAGUCUCCUCUUCAGCGGCACCCUGCCCACUGCACCGCCAGCGCUCCCGCAGUCCGGUCUCUCCGGUGACUGCCUGUCCUGGAAGGGCCAGCUCAGGGUGAGGCGAGCCCCUGCCCGGGCCAGAGCCCCCUGGCAGCAGGACGAGGAGCUGCACGCCGCGGAGGUGCGCAGAAACAAGGAGCAGCGUGAGGAGAUGUCCGGCUAAGGGGCUUCCGGACAGCGCGGCGCCUGGACCCUGAGACGAGACAAGAACACAGUCGGGUUUUGGUUUCGUUUUGUUCACCUUUCUCUAGAGGCAGCUCUGUUCCGCUUCUCCCUCUCCUCCAGCACUCCCGGCUUCAGCUUCUUUUUCCGCACUCUGAGCUGCCCAGUCCUUGUGGCAAGUCUGUGACGCACCCUGGAGGAGCCACCAGGGUGUGGCUCGCGGUCCCUCAGUCCCCUGGCUGGGCGGUGGCGGGGUCCCCUCUUGGUAGCCCUCUUAGUGGACCUGGUGGGACCUCAAUAAAUCCAGCAAUGGUGACAGGAACACAUGGGUCCUUAUGCUGGAUUGUUCUGUGA